AUGAUGAAAGCUUCGUGUCUCGGUUCCAAUCGGCCGUUAUCAGGGCAGCUCUAUAAAUAUACCAAUGUUGUAAAAGGAUGGCAACAAAGAUGGUUUGCUGUGGAUCCAGAAAGUGGUGUGUUGUCCUAUUAUUUAUUUGAUGGCCCAGGGGAUACGGUGCAGCCUGGACAACCGGCGAGAGGAGAAGCACACUUGGCUGGUGCAGUGAUCUGUCCGAGUGAUGAAGACUCAAAGACGUUCACAAUCAACUGUGCCUCAGGAGACAUGUUGAAAUUACGGGCGACGGAUGCUCGAGCGCGCCAGGAGUGGGUUAAUAGUUUGAGAGCUAUUGCUGAAGUGCAUACUAAGGCUAUGGGAGCAAAUCCACCACUCCAACCCAGGGAACAACUUGCAGUUCAUGAUGCAAUGGCAUCUGCGAGACAACAGUUGCAAACUACUGAGUUAAGUGACGCUGCAUUGGCAAGAUGCAUUGAAUCUUCUGACUCACCGUUUCUACACACCGAUCCAGACUUGUUACUUCUUAAGGCUACAUCUGCAGCAAGCAUGCAAUGCCUCCUCCAGUGUUUGGGUAUCUUGUUACGACAGCAGCAAUAUGCCACUGCAAAUAUCAAAAAUUCCAGUUCUGAUUCACAUUGA